CCCAGCCAGGAGAGUCACCAUGUCGGCGAAGCCCACAUCCAAGACGUUCGGGAAGACGACCCGGGAGGUUCCCGCUCCCUCGGAGAAGGCGAAGAAGUGGUACCCCGCUGACGACGAUGCCGAGAACAAGAAGGUCCGCAAGGCCGUCCGAUCGUGGACUCCUCGCAAGUCCCUCCAGCCCGGCACUGUCCUCAUCCUCCUCGCUGGCCGCUUCCGUGGCAAGCGUGUCAUCCUCCUGAAGUCCCUCGACCAGGGUGUCCUCCUCGUCACCGGCCCCUUCAAGAUCAACGGUGUCCCCCUGCGACGAGUCAACUCCCGAUACGUCAUCGCCACCUCCUACAAGGUCGACAUCUCCGGCCUCGACGAGAGCAAGAUUGAGGAGAUCUCCCAACCCAAGUACUUCACCGCCGAGAAGGCCAAGGAGAAGGCUGGUGAGGAGGCUUUCUUCAAGCAGGGAGAGAAGCCCCAGAAGAAGGAGAUCAACAGCAGCCGCGCCGCCGACCAGAAGGCCAUCGACAAGGCUCUGAUUGCCAACAUCAAGAAGGUGGAUCUGCUGGCCUCCUACCUCGCCAGCUCCUUCAGCUUGCGGAAGGGUGACAAGCCCCACGAGAUGGCCUGGUAAAUGGCAGUCCAUCUUGUGCCGGGGCGGCGGGAGUACCGGGGUUGCGACACACGACGGGUUCUAGUAGAACGGGAAGGGUCUCCGAAAUGGGCUGGUUUGGCCAAUUGCAUUUGGAAGUCGACGGCAUCGGUCACAUCUUGGCGUCUGUAAUCAGGUUUUACAGUCAAAAAACAAACGAGCAUACAAAACAAUCUAGAGGCUUCCGGUGAGAGGCCGAUGAUGAUGAAUU